CUCUUCUCAGCCUUGAAGCCCCCAGCUAACUGUUGCUGCUGCUGCCCGCCGUUCAUACAAAUGCCCCGCAACUAUCAUUUCAACUCAGCUUAAAGCAACGAGUAGAACAGUCAAAUGCACCCACUUUACUUACAUCCUCCCCCCCCCUAGCAACCCAUCUAGGCUCUAGCACCUAUCUCCAGGGCUAGCACUUAACACCUAGCACCUACUAUAGUACGCGGCCAAGCAUACCUACGCUAAGAAGAGCAUUGAAGAGAAUAAUCCAAUGUGACUUCUGACAUAUGAUGCUCUGCCAACUCAGAAUAUUCCAGGAUACGCUCCAUCGUAUUCCAGAAUUUCCAGUCUUUGGUUAGGUACCUUCCAAAGAAUGGCCCAAUGAAGUUGAGCAUACAUCCUAAGGUUAGGUAGACUAUCAUUCCUCAAUUUCCAAUACCUACAUCAAUACAUAGCUCUGUUCAGUCUUCUCUUCUCCCCUUCUUUCAACCAUUUCUCUUCAUCUUCUUGGUUGCUACGGUGUAAGCUGUGCAAGCUGUGCGGGCUCGAGGGCACCUGCAACUACUGCUCUGCCCUGAGCAAAUACAAAUGCAGAUGCGACAACGCGACAACGUGCAUCUCUUCACGUUUGAUUCUUUAUCUGUAUAACUACCCACCUCCCUAGACUUACCACCUGUCACUCGUCUCCCAUCCCGUAGUUUCAAGAUGCAAAUCAAGAAGAUACCUGAUGUCGAUGCCCUUAGAGGCGGCGAAAGACACUCUGGCGAACUCCAUCUCACUGAACAUCACAUCAUAUUUAUUUUCCCUAAUGUACUUCCCGAAGGGGCCCAGCCGCAACCGAACACUCCGAAGACCCGCGAAGUCUACAUCGCCUACCCUAUCAUUGCCAAUUGUAUCUUCCGAGCAAGUCCUAGUAUAUCAGGACGGCCUUCUUCUAUACGACUACGAUGCCGAGAUUUUAUGUUCAUAAACUUCAACAUCGUUGAUGAGAUUAAUGCGCGGGAUGCAUUCGAGUACAUCAGAAACCGCACAUGCCGACUUGGCUCCAUAGAGAAAUUAUAUGCCUUCAGCUACCAACCUCUAAAAAUUGAGAAACCGUUUGAUGGAUGGAAUCUAUACGAUCCGAGAGCUGAGUUCCGUCGGCAGGGUAUUAGCAAUAAGUCUGUUGAUAGAGGAUGGCGGGUCUCGUUGAUCAAUAAGGACUAUACCUUUUCCCCGACCUACCCAAGUCUCCUGGUCGUGCCCUCCAAGAUUUCCGACAAUGUCAUCAAAUAUGCCGGUUCGUACCGAUCUAGGCAACGCAUACCCGUCUUGACAUACCUCCACUCACUCAACAACUGCUCUAUUACACGAAGCUCUCAGCCGAUGGUAGGAUUCAGGGGCAACCGCAGCAUACAGGACGAAAAGUUGGUCAGCGCAUGCUUUUCUGCUUCUGCAACUGUUGAGUUUAAUAGUGUAGACGUUGCAGUCACGGAGACGGCAGAUCCUAGUCCAGCGUCAAGUCAAACAGACCUUGGAGGUGAUACCAUGGAGGUAGAGACAUCGGAUACCGAACGCCUUGAAGAUGAGCUCAUCGACGGAAGCGAUACAAACUAUGAUACAAAAACUGGGAAACGGUUGAUAUAUGGUGCGCAGCAGAGUAAUCUCAUUGUAGAUGCUCGGCCUACUAUCAACGCGGUGGUAAUGCAGGCUAUGGGAAAGGGGUCUGAGAACAUGGAGUACUACAAAUUUGCCAAGAAGGCCUAUUUGAACAUUGAAAAUAUUCACGUCAUGAGAGAUUCACUCAACACAGUCAUUGAUGCCAUCAAAGAUGGUGACAUUUCUCGUUUGCCGCCAAAUCGCGAACUGCUGGCAAAGAGUGGUUGGCUCAAACACAUUACCGGCAUUCUCGACGGAUCAGCACUGAUUGCCCGCCAAGUUGGCGUAAAGCAUUCGCAUGUGUUGAUUCACUGCUCGGAUGGUUGGGAUCGUACAAGCCAGUUGUCUGCCCUGUCACAGCUGAUGCUGGAUCCAUACUACCGCACGAUUGAAGGAUUUAUUGUGCUAAUCGAGAAGGACUGGCUGUCUUUUGGACAUAUGUUUCAGCAACGUUCUGGCCUACUCAAUCAUGAAAAGUGGUUUGUCGUUGAGCGAGAUACCCUGGCCGGCUCAACCUUGCAACCUGGCGAGUCGGACGGCCGUGCCGGUGAGGCCUUUGAAAGUGCGCUGGCUAGUGCAAAACGGUUCUUCAACAAGAACCGAAAUACAGACAGCAAUGCUGAGUCCGACGGUGAUGGUACCAGCCCACCGCCAGAUGAUCCAUCACAAGUAAAGAAGCCUGCCUCAAGCACCCCGGAAACUGUAGAAGUUACGCGGUUGAACGAGAUCUCUCCCGUCUUUCAUCAAUUUCUCGACGCCACCUACCAAAUUCUCCGACAACACCCCAACCGGUUCGAGUACAACGAGCGGUUCCUUCGACGCCUUCUCUAUCACCUGUACGCAGGACAAUAUGGAACUUUCUUAUGGAACAGUGAGAAGGCCCGGGCCGAUGCCCACGCAAGCGAAAAGACGAGAUCUGUAUGGGACUAUUUCUUAUCUCGCAAACCAGAGUUCACCAACAAAGAAUACGAUGCAACUGUCGAUGACCGUCAAAGUGGCCGUGAAAGGCUUCUCUUCCCCAAACUAUCUGAAGUUCGUUGGUGGCAUCAACUGUAUGGCAGGUCAGACGCGGAGAUGAACGAGUACCUCGACCUUGCCGCAGCAAGAGAUGAGAGACUCGGUGGGUUUGCCAUGGGCACUACAACGGCGUCUAUGCCGGGAAGCUUCUCGAGUCCACCAAACUCCAACGGCGGCCGGUCACCAAAGCCACCUUCCAGCCCACAGCCUCCAAGCCUGCCUAUCAGUAAGAGCGUGCUGACAGGUGUGGAGUCCGCAUAUGAGGCCCUCACACCCGAUCAGCGAUCAAAUGCUGGUAGCCGUCCAACUAGUCUCAAGCACAGUGUCAGCGCCGAUACCGCAGCCGCCUUCACGACUAACUUUGCUAAAAUCAAGGACGGCGUUGCUGGGCUAGAGAUCGGGAGAGGAAUAUUCGGGGGAUCACCUAACGCGAGUGGUGGGAGUGCCCCGACUGGGAAGAGUGAUACCCCUAAGAAGGAGCAAGAGAUGGCGGACAUGGCGAUAAAUGUUGACAAAGGCAACAUGGAAAUGACGUGACCCAACUCAACCGGGUCUUUACCUUUUUUCUUCACUUAGUAGGCUAAAGUGCACUGUAAGAAUUAUAAUUCGGUGCGUUGCGAAGAUGGACGCGGAGAGGCAAGAAAACUGAAAAAAUGGUGGCACACUGUAUCGAGGGCACACAUCUCGCCUAAACAUGUGACUGCAGUAUUUAUUCCCCUCCUCACAAAUACUGAUCUAGUGAGCGGAGCAGCGUGUAGGCAGAUAGAUGGCUGAGACACGCUGCUGUAAAAGGGGAUGGGGCAGUAUUGACUACCUACCUUCCGGGGGCUCCGGGAUAAGAUAAGAUGAAGGGGAAAGGGGGCAGCGAGAAGAGGAGAACAGCGUACAGCUCCUCAGGCACAUACAUGCAUACAUCGUCCUGAGACGAGUACGAGUAGAAGGGGAAAGGGGCAAGGGGCAAGGGGCAAGGGAAGCAGAGUAGAGGGGAUGGGAGAAAAGAAAAAAGAUCCAUAAAGGUUUAGGAAUCAUGAAAUAUGAAAUAUGAAAAGGAAAAAAGCUUAGGAAAAUGAAAACUCAUAUACCCCCAUUGUUGAUGUUGUCUGAAUUAGGUAGUUAGGUAUGCGUUCCCUGC